AUGCCGCCAAAGCAAUUGCCAGGCCCCGGCCAAUCACAGCAGCGUCGAUGGCUGGCGUCACAGAUGGGGCCCACAUCUGUCUCUUGGACCUCUGGAGCCCCUCCCCCGCCUUGCUCUGAAGAAACCCCCUCCGCCGAUUCUUCUGCUGCUGUUGCCAAUUCGCUUCCCGCCGCCGCAACAAAUCCCGCGACCGCUCAAUUGCAACCAGGCAGCUUCUCUCUGUCUCGCACAGCCCAGAUUGCCCGACACCUCCAGGCCCGGAGCUACAGCUCGACCACAAACAGCACCAUGGCCUCCCAAUACACCGUCCGCAAGGUCGGCGCCCCGUACACGCUCGAGCACCGCGUCUACAUCGAGAAAGAUGGCGUGCCUAUCUCGCCCUUCCACGACAUCCCACUCUUUGCCAACCAGGAGCAGACCAUCCUCAACAUGAUUGUCGAAAUUCCGCGCUGGACCAACGCCAAGCUCGAGAUCUCCAAGGACGAGCUCCUCAACCCCAUCAAGCAGGACAUCAAGAAGGGCAAGCUCCGCUACGUCCGCAACUGCUUCCCCCACAAGGGCUACCUGUGGAACUACGGUGCCUUCCCUCAGACCUGGGAGGACCCCAACGCGAUCCACCCCGAGACCAAGGCCAAGGGCGACAACGACCCGCUUGACGUGUGCGAGAUCGGCGAGCUGGUCGGCUACACGGGCCAGGUCAAGCAGGUCAAGGUGCUCGGCGUCAUGGCGCUGCUGGACGAGGAGGAGACGGACUGGAAGGUCAUUGUGAUUGACGUCAACGACCCGCUGGCCCCCAAGCUCAACGACGUCGAGGACGUCGAGCGCCACCUGCCGGGCCUGCUGCGCGCCACCAACGAGUGGUUCCGCAUCUACAAGAUCCCCGACGGCAAGCCCGAGAACCAGUUCGCCUUCACGGGCGAGUGCAAGAACAAGAAGUACGCCAUGGACGUGGUCCGCGAGUGCAACGAGGCCUGGGAGAAGCUCAUCACGGGCAAGACCGCCCCGGGCAGCAUCGCCACCACCAACCUGACGGUCAGUCACUCGACCAGCCGCGUCUCGCCCGACCAGCUGCCGCCCCUGCCCCAGCACCAGGACCUUCCGCCCGCCCCCAUUGACAGCUCCAUCGACAAGUGGUUCUUUAUUAGCGGGGCCUCGGCUUAG